GACAGACAGGCGGCGGAGGAGAGUUGCUGCGAACAUCUUCCACUUCACACACCGACAAACACCGAGGACUGCUCGGCUCGCAGAUGAGCCCCGGACCGGCCGCCCUCUCCUCCGGUGGGGACUCGCCUUGUCGUGGGGAUUUAACCCCGGAGAAGAUGCCUGAAUGCUGGGCUGCUACUGCCGGACACCGUGUGCCUGUUGCGGAGCUCAAGGGUCCGUGUGCCGCCACAACAUAGAGAAAACCUCGGGAGAGCAGCGAGGCCAGCGGCGGCGGCAGCAGCCUGUAGCACCAGCUAGCCCCAGUUAGCAUCCAGUUAGCAUCCAGCUAGCCCCGCGCGGCUACGACGCUAGCCCCCCGCUAACGUCACAGGUGUUCCGCGGCAGAAACACCCACCACACCCGGCGUGUAGCUGCGGGGAACCGGCGGGAAGCUGCUCCCCGGUGUCCCGGCGUGCAAGUGAACCUAACGCCCCGGUUGUUGUGUCUCCGAAACGGCGGGGAGAACCACACACUUAGCGGCGUUGUUGUUAGCCGUUAGCCUGUUAGCUUGUGAGUUGGGUCCCGUGUUUACAGCUACAGCAGCGGGGGCUAGGCUAAGCUAGCUAAGCUAGCAGCCCCGAAGCUAGCGAGUUGAACUUUACAGCUACAUGUGCUUGUUUUCGUGUGCAGCUUGUGUGUCUCUCUGCAUGAUUCCCACUCGACCCGGGACUCGCAGCCUAGGGUAGCCUAGCCCACUCGCCGGGUCGUCGGCUUGGCUCUUGCGGUCCCCGCCGUGCCUAGCCCCCCGGACUGACCCACCCACCCACCAGGACGAUCUACCCGGGGGCCGAUGCUGACAGUUCAGCCCGGACCACGGCCACGCCAGGAGCCGCUACAGCGAUGCAGCCCCAGCAGAUCUACGACUUCUCGAGUGACGAGAACAGUCACAAAUGGAGAGGCCUGUUCGUGCAAGCUCUGCGGAAGGUACAGAAGGAGGUCCACCCAAACCUCACGGCGAAGGAGGACGCCCUGCAGCACAUCGAGGAGCUGAUCCUGCAGCUGCUCAACAUGCUGUGUGUGGCCCAGCCUCGCUCUGUGCAGGAUGUCGAGGAACGUGUCCAGAAAACCUUUCCCCACCCUAUUGAUAAGUGGGCGAUUGCCGACGCCCAGUCAGCCAUCGUGAAACGCAAUAGGAGACACCCCUUACUUCUCCCUGUGGACAAGAUACACCCACUGCUCAAGGAGGUUUUGGGCUACAAAGUUGACUACCACGUGUCCCUCUACAUCGUGGCAGUGCUUGAAUACAUAUCAGCAGACAUCCUGAAACUGGCAGGAAACUAUGUUGGCAACAUUCGGAACUAUGAGAUCAACCAACAGGACAUCAAGGUGUCCAUGUGUGCAGACAAGGUGCUGAUGGACAUGUUUGACCAGGAGGAGGACAUUGGCCUGAUGUCUCAGUGCACGGACGAGCCGUCCUCCUCCGGGGAGCUCACGUACGACGACCUGGUGAGGCUUGAAAUCGCAGAGGAGCGGCAGUAUCUACGAGAACUCAACCUCAUCAUCAAAGUGUUCCGCCAUCACUUCCUGUCCAACCCCAAAAUUUUCACGGCUCAGGAUGUGGAGGUGAUCUUCAGUAACAUCCUGGACAUCCACGAGCUGACGGUGAAGCUGCUCGGGCUGAUCGAAGACGCCGUGGAGAUGACCGCUGACGGCAGCCCUCAUCCGCUGGUGGGCAGCUGCUUCGAAGAUCUAGCAGAGGAGCAGGCGUUCGACCCUUACGAGACCUUGUCUCAGGAUAUCCUCAACAAGGACUUCCACGAACAUUUCAACAACCUGAUGUCACGACCGACCGUUGGCUUCUACUUCCAGUCAGUGGCAGAAGGAUUCAAAGAAGCAGUCCAGUACGUCCUCCCCCAGCUGAUGAUGGUCCCAGUAUACCACUGUAUGCACUACUUCGAACUAUUACAGCAACUUCAGGAGCGCAGCCAGGACCAAGAUGACCGAGAAUGUCUGAAGCAGGCGAUCACGGCGCUGCUCAACCUUCAGUGCAGCGUCGAGCGCAUCUAUGCCAAGCACCAGCCGCGCCGUAAACCUGGCGAGCCCAUGUACCGCCUGUACAGCAGGCAGGUCCGUAGCAAACAACUCGCCAUCAAACGCAUGAACGAGAUCCAGAAGAGCAUCGACGGCUGGGAGGGGAAAGACAUCGGCCAGUGCUGCAGCGAGUUCAUCCUGGAGGGGCCGCUGCUACGAGCGGGCGCCAAGCACGAGAGGCACAACUUCCUGUUCGACGGCCUGAUGAUCAGCUGCAAGGCCAAUCAGAGCUCGCGGCUCCCGGGGUCGGGCAGCGGGGCGGAGUACCGCCUGAAGGAGAAGUUUGUGCUGAGGAAGAUCCGCAUCGUGGACCGCGAGGACUCCACAGAGCUGCGGCACGCGUUUGAACUGAUAGGCAAAGAUGAGAACUGUUCGGUUUUCUUUGCACGGACAAUGGAGGAGAAGGCGGCGUGGAUGGCCGGGCUGGUGACUCUGCAGUACCGCUCCACUUUGGACCGCAUGUUGGACACGGUGCUGCAGCACGAGGAACAGGCACAUCCUCUAAGACUGCCCUCCCCGGAGGUUUACCGCUUUGCUGUGCAGGACUCUGAGGAGAAUAUAGUGUUUGAGGACAAAGUGCAAAGCAAAACAGGCAUUCCCAUCAUCAAGGCCGGCACGGUGGGGAAGCUCAUAGAGAGACUCACCUACCACAUGUAUGCUGAUCCUAACUUUGUUCGCACGUUUCUUACCACGUACCGAUCGUUCUGCAAACCACAGGAGCUUCUGAGCCUGCUGAUAGACCGGAUUGAGAUCCCUGAGCCAGAACCCACGGAGGAGGACCGACAGGCUCUGUGGAACGGUGACCAGCCGAUUGUGGCCGAGCUCCAGAGGUUCCGUAAGGAGUAUGUGCAGCCGGUCCAGCUCAGGGUUCUCAACGUUUUCCGUCAGUGGGUCGAACAUCAUUUCUACGACUUUGAGAACGAUCCAGAGCUGAGGAUUCGACUAGAGGAUUACAUCACCAGUAGAAUUCAACUGAGAGGCAAGUCGAUGAGAAAGUGGGUGGAGUCCAUCAACAAGAUCAUCAAGAGGAAGCUGCAGACGCAGUCGAACGGCGUCAGCCACAACAUCACCUUCGAGAGCCUGCCUCCUAACUUCGAGUGGCACAUCUGCAGAGCGGGACAAGUGGACACCUUCGACCUCAUGACCCUUCACCCCAUAGAGAUCGCCCGCCAGCUGACUCUGCUCGAGUCCGAGCUCUACAGAGCCGUCCGGCCGUCCGAGCUGGUCGGCAGCGUCUGGACCAAAGAGGACAAAGAGAAGAACUCGCCAAACUUGCUCCGCAUGAUCCGUCACACCACCAACCUCACGCUGUGGUUCGAGAAGUGUAUCGUGGAGACGAUGAACCUGGAGGAGAGGGUGGCCGUGUUGUCCCGGGUGACGGAGAUCCUGCAGGUUUUCCAGGAGCUCAACAACUUCAACGGUGUCCUGGAGGUCGUCAGCGCCAUCAACUCCGUCCCGGUCUACAGGCUGGAGCACACCUUCGAGGCAAUACCAGAGAGGAAAAGGAAAAUUCUGGAAGAAGCUGUGGAACUGAGCCAAGACCAUUUUAAGAAAUACUUGGCUAAACUCAAGUCAAUAAACCCACCCUGUGUGCCUUUCUUUGGUAUCUAUCUGACCAACAUCCUGAAGACGGAGGAGGGAAACCCCGACUUCCUCAAACGCCACGGCAAGGCGCUGAUCAACUUCAGCAAGAGGAGGAAAGUGGCUGAGAUCACCGGAGAGAUCCAGCAGUACCAGAACCAGCCGUACUGCCUGAAGGUGGAGCACGACAUCCGGAGGUUCUUUGAGAACCUGAACCCGAUGGGCAACAGGAGUGAGAAGGAGUUCGUGGACUACCUGUUCAAAAUGUCCAUGGACAUCGAGCCACGGAACUGUAGGCAGGCUCCUCGAUUUCCCAGGAAGACCUUGUACACUCUGAAGUCUCCGGGCAUCCGGCCGGUGAGAACCUCUACCUCUGGGACCCUGAAGGGCCACCCCGUCCCCCUGGAGAGGGAGCCCCCCCAUAAGAUCACCUUCCGCAGCAUCGCCGAGACCGAGCCGGAGAUGCCGGUGUCGGCCUCGGUGCCCACCUCCCCCAACACGCCCACCCCCCCGCAGUCGGCCUGCUCUGACCUCAGCUCGGUCUUCAUGGAUCACGACCUCAGCAACUCGUACGGCGGCGCCGAGUUCAGCUCGUACGGCGGUAGUAACUCCAUAUUUGUUCCAGUUCCUCUGCCGCCUUCAAAGUUCCAGUCGGUUUCCUGCGGCAGCCUCCACCAGCUCGGAGAGGAGCUGCUCCGGCCGCCGCCUCUACCGCCACGAAGGAAAGAUGCCAUGUCUGAAGCCAAAUUGAGCUCCAGGUGCGACAGCCCUCCAGCGAUUCCCCCCCGGCUGCCCCCCCCUCUCCCCAGGAACCAGCCUCGCCUGCCGGCCUACAACGGCCCCGCCCUCGACGGCCCGCUCCCGAGCCCGCCGCCGCCGCCCCCCCGCGACCCUCUGCCGGACACGCCUCCUCCGGUGCCCCAGCGGCCCCCGGAGAUCUUCAUCAACUACCCCCCCCUGCAGCCCUCCCCCGUGGGCCGCUACCACUGGGACUUCAACAGCAUCCCCAGCUCUCCCAACACGCCGCCCAGCACGCCGUCGCCGCGCGUCCCCCGGCGGAGCUGUCCGCUGAGCGCCAGCCAGAACAGCCUCUGCCCGCUUCCUGUCCCCAUCACCGCCCCCCCGGUGCCCCCCCGCCACAACUCCAGCUCGCAACUCCCCAAACUCCCACCAAAGACAUACAAAAGGGAGCUGCUGCAGCCGCCGCUACAAGGCCUCUCAUUGGUGGAGAACGCCGACAGCAGCCAGUGAGUCGGCGCCGGUUCCUCUCGAAACGCCAACGUGCAAAACUUCAAACCUGUCGCCUUCCGACCGGGACACAGUGGACUCCAACGCUACUGAUCAGAAAGAAAAAAACUCUGCUCCACAUACUGUUAACGCCACGCGCCCGCCGCCCGCCGUGCCUCUCAGGGGAUCAGUAGCUCCGCCUUCAUCAGGAACCCUCUGUGCCAAUGAGAAACCCACACCGGUGUGCCAGCUAAUAAACAACAAGGAGUCGGGUGUUUGUGUUUGUCUCUUCUGUUCGGAGCGAGAACGUUUCCUGAUUUAGAGUUCUCACCCCGCCCGUUCACCCAACUCACCCCCCCCCCCGGGUCCCACUCCUCCAUCACCAGGGCCGGGUGAGUGUGGGGGGGGGGCGUGGACUUUGUAGCCUUAACUGUCAUGCUUUGUUUCUUUGGGCAUUGACGUCACCCCGGAGUCCCUCCCUCUCUCCUCCUCCUCCACUCGGAUGAACCUGAGACGUAGCUCCUCCUCCUUCUCGGUGGGGUGGGGGGGGCUGGGGGGGGCAGCAGACAUUUCCAUUGACUUGUUUCCUACUAACUGAAAACAAACAGUUGCCAAAGUCUUAUUUUAUGCAGGGGGAUAAGGGAUUUUCUUCUUCUUCUUCUUUUUAAACAAAUGUGACAUUAACAGGAAACACGAGCAGGAGGCGACACUGAAUCCCCCCCGACCCCCCCCACUGAACACUGUGACUGGACCGAGUCAAACUGUCUGAUUGUUGGUUUCGUGUCUGAAGACAGAAAACAAAACGUUGCCUUUUUAAAAAAGAGAGAGAAACAGCGGUGACCUCUGACCCCCAGGCUCUGGUCCUCAUCACGCUCGGGAUGAGUCAGCAGGUUUUCAUCCAACCAGGAAGGAGAAAUCAAAUCCCUCAGCGGCGAUAUCACACAGCAGCGCCACGGGGGGGCGG